UCCCAGAAAUUCGUAACUAAUUAGCUACUACUAAGUACUACUUUGCGGAUUCCUAUCGCAUGAUGGAUACUAGUACCUGUACUACCAUAGUACUAGUACUUCUAUGGCUAUCCCUAUGGCUUCAGGCACUGGGUUUCUUGGUGUCCCUGCUACGUGAAUACAGCACUAGUCCUGUACUACCUUCUACUACUACACUUUCUACUGUUUUGCUAGGGAUAUGUCUAUGGCAAUGCAAGAAGGCUGGGUACCUGGUCUCCCCAAUGACCUGGUACCAUUGGGUACUAUUGGUACUGCUAGUGGUAUUGCAGAUAGUUGCGGUAGUACUAGAGCAACGGGAACUACAGGAGUUUAAUCUCUUUGAGUUUUUAUUAGGCGAUUCGUUAUAUCCCAUUUACGGCAUCACGGGGGUACUAGUGGCAAUACUGGGUAUACUGGGUGGUACCCUGUUUUGUGGGUGGAAGUGUAACCUAUUCUGUAGACCAUGCUGUAAAAGCCAGUACAUUUGCUACGGUAGUGCAAUAGUAGUAGUACUAGUGGUUCUCAUAGUACUGGCAAUGACAGCUGCAUUGCUACGGUACGAUACUCGCACCUAUGGAGCUGAAGGGCGGAUCGAUCUUCUGAUUAUAAGUCAUCUUGAUAAAACAUUAGUACCUAUUACGCAGUGCUAUACCAUGGCAGUUAUCUGGAAUACUAUAAUGAAGUUACCCUAUACGGUACCGGAGGUUGUUACACUUUUGACAUUUGCAAUGGCAGUGGCUUCGUUGGUGGCAGUAAUGGCUAGUACUAAGGGGUCCAAUAGAAAACAAAUUAAAGCUGCAGGAUACUCUCUCCUAGCAGUCCAUCUACUUGCCCUAGGAAUUACCUGGUAUUGCCUGGAGUAUAAACGUGUAUUCUACUGGCCCAAGCAAUACCUGUGCUUCGGGGUACUGGCAGUGGUACUACUGAUAACUCUGGUAGCGAUAGUGGUGACAUACUCCGGAGAACUCGAUGAUGGACAUGUGCAAUACACCUUGAUCGGCUACUCACUACUACUAAUGAUACCGACACUGUGGUAUGCAUACCGAUGUGGUCUACUUACAUGGUGCCUCCCAAAGAAAAAGGGUCUCAAGGCUACUGACACUGCUGAGAACACUACACCAGACACUGAUAUCGCAGAGGAAUAGUACUGUCAGUGCAACAAGUACCACCCAGUUACAUUUCACGCCCCAACUUGGGAUAGCCCAAUAUGAACU